GCCCGAUAGUGCUCUCGAUAGCUGCUACAUGAACGACGACUCAUCGACACUUGAACCAAUAUGCUUCUCUGGGAGAUGGAUGCAAGCCUUAUUCUCUUCUGCUCCCGCGAGCUUCAGCGCAGAACUAACGAUGGAAUCUUUAACGCCAGCACCUGCACUCCGGUCAAGCAGAAACUUCACCACCUCUGCAGUUCCCCGCCAUGCAGCCGUACAUGGUGCAAUUUUGGCCUCCAACUCCCACGCAUCCAACUGCAAGUCGUCGUUUUCAGGACCUUCAUCGAUAGUCACCCGCGAUCUAGCGAAAUCGCAACAACACCCGACCUGCCCCAGUUUGCUGCCUUUGAAAGCCAAGAUGGCCGUUUGGUUUCCGCUCCAGCGUUGAGCAGAGCCUCAAGCAGGGGUAUGGAAGAUAUUGCCGCCCCUUGCUUCACAGCGCAAUAUAAUUCCGCCAUCUGUGUUUGCGUUCGGAUCUGCGCCUCGCGACAACCGAAAGCAGAGCAUACCCAGAUCGCUCGAGCCAGUAGCUAGACUCCGUGCUGAAUUCGGAAAGUACUCGCAGAUGCUGUGACACUGCCGACCGACCAAUCUGGAUGAACGGGAUGGUGACUUGCAUCAACA